AUGAAUACGCUGAAGACGGAUCUUGAGGCGAUCCGAAGUGCUCUUCGAUGCGAGAUCAACGGGCAGUCCCGUCCAUACCUGGGGAAUUUGAAGAUCUUGGACUUUCCCGACGAGAUUCUCCUUGGCAUCUUCGAGCUCGUGGAAUGCUCCGACCACCCACAUCUCGGUUACCGCCCUGUACGUGUCGGAGUCAACGAGCCAUCGCUUGCUCCCUUGAAGGAGAUCUCUCGUCAUCCCACCAUCGGCAAGGGCGUCCGCACCGUUCGACUCAACCUUCAUCUAUACAACUACUCUUUCACCGAUUUCGAUUGGUUCCUUUCAUACCACACCGCUGAAGUGAAAAAGCAAGUCGACUUGUGGAAUCGAGCGAAGCUGUGGAAAUUAUGGAGCACAACAAUGCAUGAGCAGCCCGCAGCCGAGAUGAUUGCAAACGGAAGGGCAGUCAUCUCUACGCUCCGUCGACUUGCGUCUGCAGAUUCCGAUGACGUCGAAUACUCUGAGGCCGAGAAGUAUGGUCGAGCACGCCUGGACGGGAUGCGCCUCCCUGGCAACGGCAAGCCGAUGCCGGACAACGUGGGAUCAAGGGUCAUUGUAGCGGUUGGUGCAGACGUCAAAUGGAAUUGGGAGAGGGGAGUUCCGAUACACGAACCAGCAUUGCCCACUCGGCAUCCAUGGAAGGGAUGA